AUGCAUAUUCAAAAAUACCCAUGUCAAUGCAGAGAAAAGCUAGGCAUUUUUCCUCCGCUUCCUGAUACGAUUCUGCGUGUGAAUCUUGAUCGCUGCUCGAAAAACGGAGACUUGGCCGAGGCCCUUCGCCUCUACGAGGAGGCGAAGGCCGACAGCGUUGAGUUCAAUCAGCAUCAUUACAAUGUGUUGCUUUACUUGUGUUCUUUAAAUACUGAGGAGAGUGGAGAGAAUUUUGAUAGAUUUGAUAAAGGAUUUGAGAUUUUUAAGCAAAUGGGAGUUGAUAAAGUUGAUCCAAAUGAGGCAACAUUCACAAACAUGUCUAGGUUAGCAGCUUCAAAGGAGGAUCCUGAAUUAGGUUUUGGUUUAGUUAAAAGGAUGAAGGAUCAUCUGUAUGCUGCUGUGAGUUCAAAGUGUUUGCUUGUGACAAACGAUGAGAUGAGAGAUCACUUGUUCAACCUUUUAGGCAAUAGCUUCUUCCCCAGAUGGAAAGAGAAGCACCAGGUCCGAUUAAAAUAUUCCAGUGAAGAUGGGCUUACACUGCACAUGCCACCACCAUAUUCAAUCGUUAUCCAGGAGUCGGAACAAGGCAGGUGGCACAUACCAACUGUCACCGGAGAUGAUCUUGAGGCCCCGAGACAAUGGAUUUGCGCGACAAGGGCAAGACCGGACAUAUAGCUACAUUCCGGCACUAGC